AUGAGACCUGUAAAUGUCAGAAUUCAAGAUAUCAUCUAUAAAUAUAAACAACGUGCAGUUAGACGAAGAGGAGAGAAGUUGGCAGGAUCACAUGGAAUGGUCAAACGAAAAGUUACAGAGAUGUUAAUGAAAAAUACUAAUAACCAGUACAAGUCUACUGGAUGUGGAAAAUAUUUAAAACCACAAGGAAUUACAAAUCAUGUCUUAAUGCUAAAAGCUGGUGUUCGAAGUGUUAGUAGCAGAUUUAAUUGUUAA